CAUUUAACUGCGUGUAAUCACUGACGCCGUGCAAUGAACUACGCAAUCAUCAUUGUAUUUUUUGGCAAGAUAAUUAAAGGAAAAUCCUUUUGAAGUCAUUUGGUAAAAUAAACUAAAUGAACUAAAAAAGAACUAUUACGUCAAAUUAAGAUAUGUUUUAAUUUUGUCAUUCUAUUCUCAAUAUUAACAUUUCAUUUUAAAGCUGCUAACUAAGUUGCAACUAGCUGCAGGGUUGCAUUAUCUACAACUUUAUCCGGGCAUUGUAUACAUUUAAAAUUUGCAGCGAACAUUUUAGAGAAGUCACAGAAUUUUUUAAAAAUGCAAAGCAAUGUAAUAAGGUCGUAAUUUUACAACCGUGCCCCUAGGCUGUUGUUAUAAUAAAAUGUGAUGCAGAAAAAUGGAAAUGACACAUUUUAACUGUUCACAACAAUUAAUCAGUAAUAGAUUUUUAAAACCACAAGCGUAUGUUCUUAGUAAAUUUUUGCAACAAAUUCUUAACGACGGCAACAUUCAAACAAAAAAAGCAUUUAUUUAUGCUCAUCGCUAAAGAAAAUACUAAAUCUGAUAAAAGUGAUAAGACCAGAUUACUGGCAUUAUUGUAAUACAUUUUAUGAGCUGACAUCGCUGUAAUGCUUGGAUCAUUAUAUACGGUCUAUGACAAGCAUACACAAGAUAAACAAUUGUAGAGAGCUGGCAACCCUACUAUUACUACUAUUUCAUACAAACUCAUAAGAUUUACUUUCUCUUUAUCUUGUUUUUAGUAUGUUGUUGCAUUAGUCGUGAGUAGAGUUAAAAGUGGGCUUACUUCUAAAUUUCAUUUGCAAAUAAUGCAAAAAAUUUCACAAAUUUCCCGGGAAGAUUCACAAGAAAAUUUACCAGCAAUUGUUCAAACAAGUGUGAAUAUGAAACGACGCACAGUGGCAGGCAGUACGGGCAUUGGAUUCUUUGUGUUGGCAUUUGGUUUUAUAGCGAUCGCAUUUGCCACACCCAAUUGGUUGGUAAGUGACUAUCGCUUAGCGGGCGCCAAACUUGAACGUUUAGGCCUUUGGGUACAUUGUUUUCGAUCAUUGCCAGACGUAAACGAUGACAGUCAAAGACGUUUUUUCGUCGGUUGCCGUUGGGUAUACGAUCCUUUCACAACAGGUUAUGACGAAAUUCGUGGUUUUUUGUUACCCGGCUUUAUGAUUGCAACUCAAUUUUUCUUUACGCUAAGCUUCAUUGCCAUGCUGAUCUCCGCCAUAGGUGUUCUAGUGUUUGUUUUGUGCGCUGGCCCAGACCAAAAGCAUUUCAUUACAUUGAUUCGUAUUAUAGGAUAUGUAAUUUUGGCAGGUGGUAUCUGCGCGAGUAUAGCUGUUAUUCUGUUUGCUUCUCUAGGCAAUCGCAACGACUGGAUGCCUGAACAUGCAAACAAUUGGUUUGGCUGGUCAUUCAUAUUAGCUUGCAUCGGAGCUGUAUCGGCGCUUGUGACAGCAACGCUCUUCCUUACUGAAGUUCAUGUUCAACUUCGGAAACGGAGAUACUUUAAAGAAUCACAAACAAAAUUUGAAAUGAUGCAUGCUUCACAAUAACUACCUUCUUUAUGUUUUAUGAAAACCACAUAUAAUUUCGUAUUAUGUGCGUUAUGUGGCCGUUACCUGUAGGUACAUAUUUUUCUUGUAAUAUUUACAACAACCGUCCAUUUUUUUUAAGGAUCUUAACAGAAUCUAAUGUUUAAAGUUUAGAUUAGCUUUACGUCCCUUCUUCCCCGUUAAGCUUGAAGCUUCGAGUUGGUACUUAUGCUCAUUUCCCUUUUUUCGUUAAUUUCCAAAACAAAUUCAUUAAUGGCAUCAAUGCAAAGACUGACUAGUAGAUGAACUCGAAAGAGGAAACGCUGUAAAACAUAAAGCAACAACAACGAAUAUGUAAAUUUAAACUUCUUAUGAAUCAGCUCAAAAACAAAAAAAAAAUGUAUAAUUGGUUCUCUUACAAAUACUAAUUCCCAGAGUAUGCGUGUACACUAUCUACUGUUUGGGUCCCAUGAAUUUCAAUUAACAUAUCGUUAGUGCCUUAUUCUUAUUUAGAAUGUAAACAUCAUUCCACAACUACAAAAGUAUUGUAUAUAACUCGAAAUAGUAAGCAUUGUCUUAAAUAUCUGUGAAUGUUAUUUUUAUUGUAUUAAACAUAUAUACAUAAGAACAAA